AGUAGUUAGCACCUAUCGGUUAGGAAGCAGUCCAAUACAAGUCAACAUGUUCAAAUUCAUUACCAUCAUUUUUGCUAUCAUUGGCUGUGCUGCCGCCAAGCCAGGUUUAUUUGGUACUCAUGUAGCCUAUGCUGCGCCUGCUGCUGUAGUUGCUGCAGCUCCUGCUCCUUUUGUCACUGCCACUAGUAGCCAAGUUGUGGCCCGUAACUACAAUGGCAUUGCUACCGCUCCCAUUGUUGCUCCAGUAGCUGCACCAGUUGUUGCCAAGGCUGUUGCCCCUCUUGCCGUUCCAUUUUCUGCAUCUGUUGUUGCUAAGGCCAUUGCUCCAGUAGCCACUCCGUUUGCUGCACCCGUCAUUGCCAAAUCUUAUGCUGCCCCGUUAGCUGCUGCUUAUUCCGCUCCCGUUGCUGUGAACUAUGCGGCAACCGCUCCUUUGGCUUACACCUCUCCCUUGGCUUACUCGGCACCAUUAGCCUAUACAGCCGCUGCCCCAGCUGUGUGUGCAAAAAUGGCUAAAUUCGUGAUUGUCUUGUGCGCUUUGGUAGCCUGUGCCGCUGCUAAACCCGGUGUUGUAGCUCCUUUGGCCUACAGUGCUCCUUUUGCUGCUGCUGCUUAUACUGCUCCUGUGGCUGCCGCUUAUGCAGCUCCCUAUGCCGCUCACUAUGCAGCUCCUUAUGCAGCUGCCUACACUGCUCCCGUCGCCUACUCCGCUCCCUUGGCUUAUAGUGCUCAUGUAGCUGCUCCUGUCGCCUACACUGCUCCUGCUGCCGUCGCUGCUCCUUUGGCCUACGCAAAUGCCCAUUUGGAUGCUGCCUAUGCCAGCAGUCGUGUUGAUAUUAAACAAAAUUACAAUGCCGCGGUUGUUCCUGCCACCUAUGCUGCCACUCCUGUAGCUGCUGCUGUGGCCCCAGUGGCUCCCUUGAAAUACACCGCAGCCCCUGUAGCUGCCGCUGUGGCCCCAGUUGCUCCCCUGAAAUACACCGCCGCCCCAGUUUUGUUUUAA